AAGCAUUUUAAUCGUACCCGUUGUGCGUUGUUAAGAAUUGUGUGCUGUGUUUAUUGCCCAACGGAUCAACGCGCUGCCAUAAUAAUAAUAAUAGUAAUUUAAGUUCAAACCAAACAAAGUGCCGAGUGCAAAAACAAAAAUCCCGAGAGAGAGGAAACGACGUCGACAAAAUGAAAAUGCAUUUGUGAAUUUUCGCCCAACACAAACACACACUGUGAGACAUACAGAGUAUAUAGGCGCAUAGGCAUAACUAAGCCCAACGAGCACGCUACAAAGGAUAGGGAAGGUUAGGCACGCGGCCAGUGUGUAGGCCUUGGAGACGAAAGCAACUAAAACAAUGGCGCUUGUGACGGUGCAGCGUUCGCCAAGUGUGGCAGACUCAUGUUCAAAUUCGGACGGUGAGGCCGAAGAUGACGAAGGUAAUGGCAAUGGCAAUGGCAACAAAGGCGAGCGGACUGAAUGCUACUUUGCGGGCAAAGGCACAGCUUUAGUGUUGGCGCUCAGUGAUAUACCACAGCAUGCGGAGCGGCGUCUAAGCACCGACUCCACACGCUCCACCAACAGCACACAGAGCACCAACUCCGAUAUACAGUUGCAUUUGCAGUCCAUGCUUUGCCUACUGCAGCGCGAGGAUACGCUUAAGAUGGCUGUCAAGCUGGAGUCGCAGCGUUCGAAUCGAACGCGUUAUCUUGUGAUUGUUUCGCGCAGUUGUUGUCGUCCCUCCGCGCCCAGCGAACGUCGCUUCAAAAUCCAGCGUCACAACUCUGUCAAAGCAGCAGAAACUGCGGCUCCGCUCAUCACCAGCACUGCGACGUCGCCAGCGCAGCGGCAACUAUCAGUGGACAGCCAUAAAACGCAAUCGGAGGAGACGGCCAAGCGCCUGGCCAAAUGUGAUUCAGAUGAGCGCGAGCGCGGCGAUAACAAGUUAAACUCCAAUGGCGUUGAGGAGUCCUGUCUUCUAGGCAUUGACUGCAAUGAGCGCACUACCAUUGGCUUGGUGGUGCCCAUACUGGCUGAUACCAAAAUACAUUUGGAUGGCGAUGGCGGCUUUAGCGUCGCUGUUUACGAAAAGACGCGUCUCUUUAAGCCCGUAUCGGUGCAGGCCAUGUGGUCUGCAUUGCAAACGCUGCACAAAGUGUCGCGCAAGGCUCGUGAGAAUAACUUUUAUCCUAGCGGACCAUCGCACGAUUGGCUGAGCAGCUAUGAGAGACGCAUUGAGUCGGAUCAGUCGUGCCUAAAUGAAUGGAAUGCCAUGGAUUCGCUAGAGAGUCGUCGCCCGCCCUCACCAGAUGCCAUAAGAAACAAGCCCACUGCUAAGGAGGAAACCGAAGGUGUUAUUAAACAAAAGCUUAAAGCUAUAAUGAUGUCAGUGGACUUGGAUGAGGUUACUUCCAAAUAUAUACGUGGCCGUUUGGAGGAUUUAUUAGACAUGGAUCUAGGCGAAUAUAAAUCGUUUAUAGAUGCCGAAAUGUUGCUUAUAUUGGGACAAAUGGAUGCGCCUACAAAAAUCUUUGAGCAUGUCUAUUUGGGCUCAGAAUGGAAUGCGAGCAAUUUGGAGGAACUACAAAAGAAUGGAGUGCGUCAUAUUUUAAAUGUAACGCGUGAGAUAGACAACUUUUUCCCCGGCUCCUUUGAGUAUUUCAAUGUGCGUGUCUAUGACGAUGAGAAAACCAAUUUGCUCAAAUAUUGGGACGAUACCUUCCGUUAUAUAUCGCGCGCCAAGGCUGAAGGCAGCAAGGUGCUGGUGCACUGCAAAAUGGGCGUAAGUCGCUCCGCCUCUGUGGUCAUAGCGUAUGCCAUGAAAGCCUAUAAAUGGGAAUUCGAGCGUGCGCUGCAGCAUGUCAAGGAGCGUCGCAGCUGCAUCAAGCCGAACAAAAACUUUCUCAACCAGCUGGAAACCUACAGCGGUAUGCUGGAUGCCAUGAAGAACAAGGAGAAGCUGCAGCGCAGCAAGAGCGAGACCAAUUUGAAGAGCACAAAGGAUGCACGCCUGCUGCCGGGCAGCGAGCCCACGCCAUUAAUACAAGCGCUCAAUCAGGCCAAGUCCAAAAGCAGCUCGGGCGAUGCCAGUGCCGAGCAGAGCAGCCAUGCACGUGAUCAUCAACAUCGGCGCAGCAGCGCGCAAAAGCAGCGUCGUCUUAUGCGCCGCUCCAGCAGCACUUCGCCCAAAACACAAAGCGCCGUGGAGGUGACCAAGCAGCAAAGUCAAUCCAUGGAGAAUCUGACGCCGGAGCGCAGCGUUGCAGAGGAGCCCAAGAACAUGCGCUAUCCGGGCAGCAAUGGCGAAAACUACAGCGUCACUCAGAAUCAAGUGCUGCACAUACAGAAGCAUACGCCGCUGUCUGUGCGCACGCGCAUUCAUGAUCUCGAGGCGCAUCAGGAGCCGCGUCGCACAGGCACUGUGUGGACCUCACAGUCCAAGCUGAUAACGCAGACCUGCUUUACGCAGUCGGAGCUCGUGCGGGACAAGCGACAGCGUCGCAAAACACACUCCUGGACAGAGUCGUUUGGCCCCAGUGGCGGCAUCAUACUGGACGCACUGCCGCAGCAGCAGACGCUGCGUCACGGUGCGCUGCCCUCGCGUCAUGCCAGCUGGGGAUCGGGAGAUAAUCGCAAUAGCUUGCCACUGCGCAACAGCAGCUGCAGUUACUAUGACAGCAAUCGCAAUACCACAGCCAUUUUCGAAGGCGAGAUACAGGAUCUGAAGCGCAGCAGCAGCAGCAACUGCAACAGCAGCGAGGCAACGCCAACUCCAGCGCAGCUGGGCACUGUAAAGCGCACCAAGCAGAAGCUGGAGGAGAAUACAGCGCUGAAGAAACGCUGCCAGGAGCAGGAGCUGGAACAACUUGAACCCACGCCAACGCCAACCAAUGUCAAAAAGUGUGCCAACCUGCAGCGCAGCGCAUCCGCAGUGAGCAGCACACGUCAGCGUCAGCCGCUGCGUUGCAACAGCGAGGAGCUGAUGCACACCAGCGAUAUUGAGAAUAAAAACACUGCCAGCGAUUUGGCUGUGGUAUUGCGUUCAGCCACUGCACAAGCUGUAAGCGAGGAGCAGCGCAUCUCGGGCAAUGUGCAAAUACUCAAACAGAAUUUUGAAGCCAAAGCGGGCGGCGCCCAUGUCACAGCUGCUGCUGCUGCAACAGUUGCAACAACGGCAACAACUGUUGCAAUUGUCAACACUGUUGCCAGCAAUAAAAAAUGCAGCACACAUCAAUCGCUGCCCUCCUCGCCAGUAGCGCAGCAUGCCGAGCUGCCGGACAAUGUUGCAGCUGCCAGCAGCAAUUCAUCCGACUCCAGCGUAAGCGAAACUUGUGAUCGUAAUGUUAAAGGUCUAGUGCAUAAAUAUCAAACAACUUCCGGCAGUAAACAAGCAAUAGCAGCAGCAACAACAACAUCAACAGCAGCAACACCAUCACUGCCGACAACCACUACAGCAGCAGCAGCAGCAACAACAACAACAACUAUAAGCGUCACUAGCUUCAAGCAACGCCCGCGCUCCUACUAUGAUCGCUCCUUGUCGCAUAAAGCGCAUGACUAUAGCGAGAAUCGACCACCGCCUGCGCCAGCAAGACACCAACAGAGCCAACAUCAACAACAUGCCGCCGCCGCCAACAGCAGCAACAGCAAUACACAAACGGAGCAAGUGCAGCAUCGUCGGUUAGCGCAGCAUGGCAAAACGCAUCCACUGACUAGGCUAAGUUUACCAAAGCAAAGCUUCAAUACCGCUGCAUACAAUACCAUCGAUCCCAAUCUCUAAAUGUUUUGUGCCGUCAGGGACUAAAGCAAGCAACAACAACAAGAUCAAGAAAAACAAACUAUGAAAAUGAAACUGUAUUUUGUAUUUUUAAAAU